AUGCAACUUACUAUAUCUUUAGAUCAUUCGGGUGAUAUUAUCUCGGUAGACGUUCCAGAGUCACUUAGCUUGGAAGAUUUCAAGGCUUACUUACUGGCAGAGACUGGUGUAGAUGCUGGGGUCCAGCUGUUGAGGUUUAACGGGCAGGAGUUGGUGGAGAACAAACCGUUGAGUGAGUUUCAAAUCCACGAUAAUGAUCUUUUACAGAUGUCGAAAAAGCAGGAGCCAGAUGAACGGAUAGAGAUGAUUAGACAGCAGGUAUUGGCUGACCCCAAUGUCAGAGAGCAAGUGAGAUCAACCCAGCCCAGUCUUUUUGAUGCGUUGAAUGAUCCUGCCAGGUUUAGAAGUUUAAUAAUGGAGCAAGUAUCACAGGAGCACCAGCAGACGAGUUCUAACCAGGCUGAGUUGUUGCGUUUACAGCAGGAUCCCGACAACCCGGCAAACCAAGAGCGUAUUUUAGAGUUGAUUAGACAGGAGGCGAUUGAGGAGAAUAUGAAGUUGGCGUGGGACAUUUCGCCAGAGAGUUUUACCACUGUCAAUAUGCUCUACAUCAAGCUAAAGAUUAAUGGAGUUGACCAAGUUGCAAUGGUUGAUUCUGGGGCGGCGAUGACGACGAUCAGUCCUUCGAUUGCUGAGGAGGUUGGACUUGCACGGUUGAUUGAUAAGCGGUACAAGGGCCAGGCUGUUGGCAUUGGCACACAACAAAUUGGUGGCCGAAUCCAUAGUGCCCCGAUUGAGAUUGGUGAUACGAAGAUCGAGUUGCCGUGUUCGUUCUAUGUGGUCGACACGCAUGUGGGGAUCCUUUUUGGUUUAGAUAUGUUGAGAAGGCAUCGGUGCACGAUUGAUUUAGAGAGGGACGUGUUGGUUAUUGGCCAGCACAUUGAAGCCAAGUUUUUGAGUGAAUCGGAGAUCCCGAGAAAGUCUUUAGGGGGAAAUAUAUUUCAAAGAGAGAAUUAG